AUGAAAUGGAGAAAAGAUGCACAGGAAGGAAUUGUUGUCGCUGGUGGAAAUGGAAGAGGAGAGAAUCUGAAUCAAUUGGAUGGUCCUGAAGGAAUCAUUGUUGAUCAUGGGGGUCGAAUUUAUGUUGCGGAUUUUGCGAAUCAUCGAAUAGUGCGAUGGUGUGAAGGAGAUGAAGAAGGUGAAAUAAUUGUUGGUGGAAAUGGAGGAGGGAAGGAACCUAAUCAAUUGUCUUCUCCUUUUGGUUUAUCAUUUGAUGGUGAAGGAAAUCUUUAUGUUGGCGAUAAGGAAAAUCAUCGAAUUCAACGAUUUGACUUGAUCAUUUGA